UUGUUGGAGCGGGACACUGCCCCCUCACCGAGUCUCCCCGGACUGCGCACUUUGGGGACGCGCUCGGAUCACCUCGGACUCGCACCUUCCGUCUUCCACCCGGCUAUAGCCUUGGCUUCCCGGCGACCCCAGCGUGGUCACAGGGGCCCCCCUGUGCCCAGGGAAAUGUUUCAGGCUUUCCCCGGAGACUACGACUCCGGCUCCCGGUGCAGCUCCUCGCCCUCCGCCGAGUCUCAGUAUCUGUCUUCAGUGGACUCCUUCGGCAGUCCACCCACCGCUGCCGCCUCCCAGGAGUGCGCCGGUCUCGGGGAAAUGCCCGGUUCCUUCGUGCCCACGGUCACCGCCAUCACAACCAGCCAGGACCUCCAGUGGCUUGUGCAACCCACCCUCAUCUCUUCCAUGGCCCAGUCCCAGGGGCAGCCACUGGCCUCCCAGCCCCCGGCGGUCGACCCCUAUGACAUGCCGGGGACCAGCUACUCCACUCCAGGCAUGAGUGGCUACAGCAGUGGUGGAACCAGUGGUAGUGGUAGGCCUUCAACCAGCGGGACCGCCAGCGGAUCUAGGCCUGCCCGCCCAACCCGUGCCCGGCCCAGGAGACCCCCAGAGGAGACGCUCACGCCUGAAGAGGAGGAGAAGCGAAGGGUUCGUCGGGAAAGGAACAAACUGGCGGCAGCGAAGUGUAGGAACCGUCGACGGGAGUUGACCGACCGACUGCAGGCGGAGACAGAUCAGCUGGAGGAAGAAAAGGCCGAACUGGAGUCCGAGAUCGCCGAGCUUCAAAAGGAGAAGGAGCGUCUGGAGUUUGUGCUGGUGGCCCACAAACCGGGCUGCAAGAUCCCCUUCGAUGAGGGGCCCGGGCCUGGUCCGAUGGCGGAGGUGAGAGAUUUGCCGGGGUCCGCAUCCGCUAAGGAAGAUGGUUUCGGCUGGCUGCUGCCGCCCCCGCUACCACCGCCCCUGCCCUUCCAGACCAGCCAAGACGCAGCUCCCAACCUGACAACUUCUCUCUUUACACACAGUGAAGUUCAAGUCCUCGGCGACCCUUUCCCCGUUGUUAACCCUUCGUACACUUCCUCGUUUGUCCUCACCUGCCCGGAAGUCUCAGCGUUUGCCGGCACCCAACGCACCAGCGGCAGUGACCAGCCCUCCGACCCCCUGAACUCGCCCUCUCUUCUUGCUCUGUGAACUCUUUAGACACACAAAACAAAAACACAGGGAGAGAGAAACAGAAGAGGAGGAGGAGGACAGGGCAAGAGACAAGUGGGUGUGUGGCCUCCCAGCCUCUUCUGUCUGACCCUUUGCCGCCACUGCCACCGGACAGGACAGGACUUCCUUGUGUUUUGUGCCCUAGCCUCUUGUUUCCGUGUCCGGCAAGACCAGAGAGCUGGUGACUUUGGGGGCAGGGAGUGGGGAGGGGACAGACAUCCUGGGCCGACUGAUGGCCUCUCACCUCAACCCAACCUCUGGGAAUGG